UGUAACGCCUGGCGCUCUCCUCCUUCAGGUCUACCUCGUGCUCACCCCGAGAGCUACCACUCCUACAUGUGGAACAACUUCUUCAAGCACAUUGACAUCGACCCCGCCAACGCUCACAUCCUGAAUGGGAAUGCAGAGGACCUGGUAGCAGAGUGUCAGGCCUUCGAGCAGAAGAUUGCAGAAGCUGGAGGGAUACAGUUGUUUGUUGGAGGCAUUGGACCUGAUGGCCACAUUGCAUUUAAUGAGCCAGGAUCCAGCCUCGUCUCCAGAACCAGAGUGAAGACCCUGGCCAAGGACACCAUUGUGGCCAACGCUCGCUUCUUUGGCAACGACCUCGCCAAGGUCCCUACCAUGGCUCUCACCGUUGGAGUCGGGACCGUCAUGGAUGCCAAGGAGGUCUUGAUUCUCAUCACCGGCGCACACAAAGCGUUUGCUCUCUACAAGGCCAUAGAAGAAGGUGUAAACCACAUGUGGACAGUCUCCGCCUUCCAGCAGCAUCCGCACACCAUAUUUGUUUGUGAUGAAGAUGCAACACUGGAGCUACGGGUGAAAACUGUCAAAUACUUCAAAGGUCUGAUGCAUGUCCACAAUAAACUGGUGGAACCGCUGCUCAGCAUAAAGGAGCAGUAAGAGUUGAAUAUUGUUACACGCCUACUCAACAACGACAUGUUUACCAGGUAACCUUUGAAGGGAUGAUCACAUGUUCAGUGCCACGACCCACAGGGGUCUGGAGCACACCAUACCCAUACCCUACCUGCCUUGUGGACAGAUGUUACAGUACAUAGUGGACCUUGACUUGUGGGCAGAUGUUACAGUACAUGGUGGACCUUGCAUGCAGUUACAAUUGCAAGGCACUAGAUGGCAGUUGGAACAAAGAGUAGCGUGUUAAAGAGCCGCACAUGGCCGGUGUCAAGAUGUCCUAAUAAAGCCAACACAACUGAAGAUACGUUUCUCUUC